GCGGUCGUCUGUAUGUGUUUUCGGCUGGAAAUUACAAGUAGAAAUCGAAAUCAUAGCUAUACAAAGGUACUGAAGUAAACAGCCGACAGUAUUUAAUUCCUUCGGAUUUGUAAUCCAAGGGCUUCUGUGAUGAAGCGGAAUGCCAAGAGUUUGAAUUAGCUCGCUGGGUUAGUUUGAAGAAAGAGUAACAGAGUCGGGCUGAAGGGGAGCCAUUUUGUCCCGACUGUGUGGGAGAAAAGAAAAAGACUGGAAAAGGGGGAUUUUUUGAAGAAGGGGAAGUGUAUCAUCCUCAGUAUAAAUACCGUGAGGACAGCACUUUGACCCACUGGCAAACUAAACGUUUAGAUAUCAACAGUGGUUUUCUGACGAAAUUUAGACAGCAAGCUAGCCACCCAGCUGUUUAUCUGCUAGCCUAGCCCCUUUUCGAUAGCUCCGGAUUUCUGUCUAUCUCUUUUUGUCCAUCUCUCCGUUUGUCUCUCACUUUUUAAUAAAUGGCGAAGAAGACGUAUGACCUGCUCUUUAAGCUUCUCCUAAUAGGAGAUUCUGGGGUGGGAAAAACAUGUGUGCUGUUUCGCUUCUCAGACGACGCGUUCAACACCACUUUCAUUUCCACCAUAGGAAUCGAUUUUAAGAUCAAAACAGUUGAAUUGCAGGGAAAGAAGAUAAAACUACAGAUAUGGGACACGGCAGGUCAGGAACGGUUCCACACCAUCACCACCUCCUACUACAGAGGCGCCAUGGGCAUCAUGCUGGUGUAUGAUAUCAGCAACGCCAAGAGCUUUGAGAACAUCAGCAAAUGGCUGAGGAACAUAGAUGAGCAUGCCAAUGAGGAUGUGGAGAGAAUGUUGCUAGGAAACAAGUGUGACAUGGAGGACAAGCGGGUCGUACCAAAGGCAAAGGGGGAGCAGAUUGCCAGAGAGCAUGGGAUCCGAUUCUUUGAGACGAGUGCAAAAGCGAACAUCAACAUCGAGAAGGCAUUCCUCACAUUAGCAGAAGACAUCCUCAGAAAGACACCUGUAAAAGAGCCCAACAGUGAAAAUGUUGACAUCAGCUCUGGAGGCGGAGUCACGGGAUGGAAGACCAAGUGCUGCAGUUGAACGGCCACACACAUGAGUGCACACUCACACGCACACUCUC